CGCUGUCAAUGUCAGCUGAUAGCUGAUGAUUUGUAUUCCGAAGUUUGGGCAGUUUUUAGGGCUAUUUAUUAGGAUGAGAUUUCAAAAAUUUGUCAUUUGUAAUAAAAGGUAGCUAAAUUUUAAAAAUGUCUAACGAAGAAGAGAAGUGGACUGUAUACAACGCGUCCCAAUAUUUGCCGGCAGUGUUAAGCGAUCCGAAUAAAGGUAAACAGUUGAACUUUUUUACAAGAACAUGGGGCGAUGCAUUUGUGGAGAAGGUAGAAGUAGAAAGAAGUCCUUUUUUACCCGAAAUAACGUACGGACAUUUCGACCAGUAUUUUCGAAAAUACGGAAAGCGCCAUCGAAGGCAUCAGAGGUUGAGCGAAGCAAAACUAGAGGAAACUAAUAAACCUAAACUAAAGUCUGAAAUACCCGAGUCUCAAGAUAAACUUGCUGUUAUUCCAAAAAUAUAUUUACAGUCGGAAUUUAAUUUAAAUGAUCCAAAGGUAUUUAAUGAAGUUUUUAAAUACGAAACAAAAACUGAACAUGAUUUACAAGAGGAGUUAAGUUAUUAUCUUGAUAUUGUUGAGGAGCAUAUAGCUAAACAAGUAUCACAAAAGUCUGGUGCUUUUUUUCAUGCUAUGACUUCCCAUGAUACUAUAAUGGAGCAAAUGGGUGUUGCAACAAAUGAGGUCAGACUAUUACGAUCCAAAGUACAAAAAGUUAACAAGUGUUUGACAAGAGAUGCUCUCAGAAUUUUAGCUUUGGCAAGAGCUAAGAAUAACCAUGUAGCUUUAGUGGAUAAAUUAAAACUUAUGUCAACUGUGUUGCAAACUCAACCAACAUUACAAUUAUUACUUAGUUCUGCCGAUUAUGUGGGUGCAUUGGAGUUGAUUGCAGGCACGCAAGAUGUUUUGGCCAGAGAGUUAGCAGGAGUUACUAGUUUAAGACAUUUGCCAUCUCAGCUUAAAGAAAUGUCAAAGUUAAUAGAUAAAAUGUUAAGUACAGAUUUUGAGAGAUAUGCUGCAGCUGAUCUACAUAGACCGCUGGAUACUAAUGAAGGUGUACUAGAACCUGACAGAUUAAUAAGUUUGGUAGCGGGAUUACUCAAACAGAGCCAUUUACAGUUUCUUGAAAUAUACAAACAAGAAGCUGUAACUGCAGCCAAAGCAUUGCUGAAGCAGCUGAUGAUUGAACAGUUGGCUGAUGCAGAAGACGAGUUGAACGAAUUGACAGGUUCUGGUGAGGUGGCGCCACCUAUGGAUUCUGAUCAUUGGCUGAAAGUUUUGAAGUUGGGCAGUGAAGCACUUGGCAAGAUGAUAUACCGCGUAAAGGCUGUUCACGACUUGAUUCGAGAAACAGCGGACAUAAGCGCCGGUUUGGUGGCCAGUUCGGACUACGGAUCUGCGAGAACGGACGUAUUUUUAUCGGAAUCGGACCACCAGGAAACCGUAAACAAACUGAAAGCCAUGCUCACGUCGGUCUGCGACUAUUGCAACGAAAGACUGGCCGCUCUCAUAAGCACCCAAAGUGAUAAAAACAGUAUUACCGCUCACCAGGUGGCCAACCUGGCAAAAAUUGUCGAGGAAUUUACGGGUAUGUGCGAAAGGCUGUGCGGCAGACAGAGCGCUGCUCUGAAGGCGGCGUUUAAGAUCCAGGCAGGGAAUUACGUGCACAAGUUUAAUUUGCAGCGGAAGAAUAAACUAACGAUGUUGUUGGAUGCGGAAAGGUGGAAAUCUGCUGAAGUUCCUCCUGAAAUCCAGUUACUUAUGGACAACUUAGCCUUAGGCGACGUCAUCAAAUCCUUACCCGGAUCUCCGACGGAAGAAGAAAUGAGUACCACCUACACAAACAAAUCCACGGUAGCUUUGAAAGUGGGUACACAAGACUAUGUUACGGCUGGCACAGUGUUGAUUCUCAUACGGUUAGUGAUAGAGUACUGCGUUUGCGCGUACGACCUACAACUCUUAGCUUCGGUAAUCGGUAGGAAUUUGUCAGAAUUACUUAGGACGUUCAACUCACGAUCGUGUCAGCUAGUGCUAGGCGCAGGUGCCUUACGUACCGCCGGCUUAAAAACAAUUACCAGUACUAAUUUAGCUCUAGCAUCGAGAUCGUUGCAACUGGUUCUCUGGAUGAUUCCGCCCGUUAGGAGUCAUUUCAGGGCGUUAACGGGAGACGCGUUGAGCGGAUUUGACAGCGUGGAAAAGGAUAUAGGUCAUCAUAUCCAGCAGCUGGAGUCGAAGAUCUUGUCCAUUAUGAACACUCUGUUGGGGGAUCAGUUGAACGAGUGGGAUGCGAAACCGCCGGUGCCUAGUAAACAGUUUAGGAAUAUUUCUAGGCAUUUGACGAAAUUACACGAGGCUGUGAGUUCAGUUCUUCCUGAAGAGCAGAUAAGCGACAUCUAUCAAGAAAUCCACAAAAACUUCAAAACUCGAAUAAGGGAUCAGUUGGUGAAAAUGAACAUUCAGAAUAAUGGAGGUCCCCAGCACGGGCUGGUCACAUCAGAGACAAUUUUUUACCUUCAAACCAUGAAAAUGCUAAAGGUUUUACCCGAAAAGUUUGUUGGAGAUAAUGCCAUGGAUGAUAUAUGGGAUAGGUACACCAAAUGGCAACUGCGAUAUCCAAAUACCCAACAAUAGAACUCUAGUGAUAAGCAAAUUACUUAACAGGAAAUAAUGAAAAUGGAAGUAUCUCAAGAGCUUUCUAAUUAUGGUGGAACCAAUAAACGAAUUCGCUGUAUUGAUAUUCCAUAUAAAUGUUCCAUGCGGUUUUAGUGUGUCUUAAAAUACUCCUUUCAGCCAAUAAUUCACAUUGAAUUAGUAACGAUCUGACAUAACACAACUACAACCCACUUUUCAAAUGCACGUGUAUAACACAGUUUAUUUAUUCAGUAACAGAACCGGCCCAACAUUUAGUAGAUUUUAUGCAGAUUUAAGAUGUGUUUAGACAAACGAUUUCCGCAUCUGCUGGACGCAUCUGAGCCAUGCAAGAUUAUUUAGUGUUAUGUCCAGUUUUAAAUAACCCUGACUAAAUUGCUACGAAAACAUAUUAUAAAGUUUAAUAUUAGUUUGUUAUAACUUUGUUAGACAAGUUUGUAUGUUGUAACAAUAAAGUGUACUAGUUAUUUUAAUCUAUCAAAAUGUACAGUCAUGUAUUAAUAAUAAGCUUAUUCGUAAUGAAUAAUAUCAACGUUGGCAUUUUGUAAUUGUUUUUACAAAUACCUUCUAAUAUAUUUUUAAAUGCACAUACUUAGUGC